GGAGUCCAUGCCGGAGGGACUGGCGGGUGGGAACAGAACGUGGCGCCUCUUCCUCCGCCAUCGCCGCCGCCGCCACGAGGUGUUGGACGAGCAGGACGAUGCCACAGCGAAGAGAGCCGCAGCGUCAGCCCACCUGCAGGCCAUGGACACGCGCAGGACACAGCUUCUGCAGGAGGCGAAGAAGCUGGACGGGGAGGUAGCGGAAACCACGGAGGAGCUGCGGCUGGUGGACGAGGACGCUGAGAUGGUGCUGGUGCUGCGGGGGCGCCAGGUAAAGGUGGAUCUGCUGACGAUGACGCAACACCUCACGCCGGAAUUCAGCCACGCGUGUCUGGUGAAGGACGAGGAGCUGAGACGACUGGAGGCUACGGCUGAGAAGUGCAUCGAGAGUGAGGGGAAGGAGGGGGGCGGGGUGGAGGGCGAGGGGGAGGAGGUGGAGAUGCUUCGGACGCUCAAGGGACAGCUGGAACUUGAGGUGGCGUUGGCGAGACAAGACCUGCAUCACAUUAACACAUUCAAGGUGGGGCGGGACGUGAUAGCAGCGGCGGCGGAUGGUGUGGGGGAGCAGAAGGACCCAUCACACCUGUACGCCUCUCUGCAGCGUCUCCAACAGCUCCAGGGUCACAGGGCCGAGGGGACAGCCGCCGCCCUGGGGAAGGUGGACCGAGACGUGCGCCGCUCCCGAAGGCGUGUGUCGACCCUUCAGCGCCAGGUGGACGAGCUGGCGAGGGAGAUUGAUGAUUUACAGGCACAGGUGACCGAGGAGCAGCCCGAGGCACACCUAGCUAAACAGGAAACCCGGCUGCGUCGUGUGAUGGCCUGCAACGAGCUAUCGGCGCAGGUCAAACAACGCAGCUCGACGAUACUGGACCUGCAGGGAGAACUGGACACCCUCAGACUGCGAACCUUCCCUAUGCUGUCCCGACCUGCCCCUCCGUCCACCCUCUAACCUGCCUUCCAUUUCCAUACCUCCACCUACCAUCCCCCCUUCCACAUCCUUCCCUUCACUCUUUCCACUCAUUUCCCAUCGCCCCCUCCACACGCCCAGACUCAAAACCUUCCAUAUCUUGUCCCGACCUGCCCCUCCGUCCACCCUCUAACCUGCCUUCCAUUUCCAUACCUCCACUUCUUCGUUCAUCUACCAUUCCCCCUUCCACAUCCUUCUCUUCCACUCCUUCACACCCUCAGACUAAAAAACUUCCAUAGCUUGAACCCACCUGCCCUUCCAUCCACCCUCUGAUCCAUUUUCUAUCCCAUUCCUUCCCUUCACUUCUUCCCUCAUCUUCCAUCACCCAUUCCCACAUCUUAAAAUCUUCCCUAUCCUGUCCCGUCCCAUCCCUUUACUUACCAUCUUAGCUCCCUUCCAUCCCCUUCCCUCCACUCACUCCUACACUCAAUUCCCAUCACCCCUUCCACUCCCUUCCCUUUACUUAUCUUCCACUCUC